AUCUGGAUACGAACUUCGCAUUUGGGAUUUUGGGUGAACGCCCUGCUCCUCGCCCUUCCCCGCUCGGCGCCAGAAGUGAGCUUGCACGAGCUUCCAUGGGGGAAGUAGAGCUCCGUCUCCUCCCAAUCGAAGAUGACUAGUUUCUUCAGUGCCGUGUAGUUUCGAUCUCGACACCAACCUGGGUUUCGGCUCGUGGGUCGUGACUGGAGAUGGCGACCGCGAGAGCGCUGAAAUUGCUGACGCUGUCGUCUCCUUCCCUGCUCAGACCUCCCCAGCUUUCGUGGGUGCGUGGUGGGUCGGUUCCGUUUCGCUCUCCGCCCCUCGUAUCGCGGUCUCGCUGCGUCGGAGCCCGUUUCUUGAGCAGCAGCAAGGGCGACGCGUCGGUUGAGGAGACGGCGACGAGGACGACUACGAAGAAGAAGAAUAAGAAGAAGGAGAAAAAGGAGAAGGGGAAGGGGAAGGUGGAGGGUGGGAAUGGGGGAGGAGGUACGGCGAUGGAGGCGUUGCUGAAGCGGAGGACGCGUUCGUCGAGAGAGCUCGACGAUGAGACGGUCCAGCAGCUGCUCGGCGUCAGUAGCCACAUACCGGUGCUGCUCGGCGAGGUGCUGGACGUCUUCUCGGGCCGGAAGCUUCGGUCUUUCGCCGAUUGCACCGUCGGUGCCGCCGGCCAUUCUUCCGCUAUCAUCCAGGCACACCCAGAAUUGCAAUGCUAUCUUGGAAUGGAUGUUGAUCCUAUGGCACAUCAAAUGGCAAAGAACAAGAUCGAUUCUCUUUUGCAUGAUGAUUCCUCAUCCACGUCUUCAAACUUAAGAGGAUAUUUUCUUUUGAGGAACUUUAGAUUUAUAAAAUCCAUGGUUGAUGAGGUUGGUGACAAGCUAAUGGACUCUGGAUUUGAUGGCAUCUUAAUGGACUUGGGAGUGUCAUCGAUGCAGGUCAACAAUGCUGAAAGAGGAUUCAGUGUGCUAAAUGAUGGACCUCUUGAUAUGAGAAUGGAUCCUCAGGCAAGUUUGAAAGCAGAAGACAUCUUAAACUCUUGGCCUGAAUCUGAAGUUGGACGGAUCUUGCGGGAGUAUGGCGAAGAAAGCAAUUGGUUCUCCUUGCAGAAUAAGAUUGUUAAAUCCCGUUUGCGUGGUGGACUGCAUUCCACUGGAGACCUCGUUAGUCUAAUCCAAAAUUCAACUCCCAGGACAAAAGGAAGACAAGGUUGGAUUAAAACAGCAACUCGGGUAUUUCAGGCUUUACGGAUAGCAGUCAAUGAUGAGCUCAAGACGUUGCAAGACUCUCUCUAUUCUUGUUUUGAGUGUCUUGCACCUGGUGGUAGGCUUGCUGUCAUCUCCUUCCACAGUUUGGAGGACAGGAUCGUGAAACAGACAUUUCUUGACAUCAUAAGAGGCAAGAGAGAACUGGAAGAUGGAGAGAUAAGUGAAGAGAUGAAGAGCGAUCUUACAAGUACCAUCACUAAUGACAAUGACAAGGAAGUGUGGAUUAGACAGAUAAUACAAGGGGAAAGGGGUAGGAUUUUAACCAAGAGACCGAUCACUCCAUCUGAGAAGGAAGAGAAGUUGAAUCGCCGGAGCAGGAGUGCUAAACUCAGGGUGAUUGAGAAGAUCUAAUUUUUCAACAACCACCGGGUAUACAGUGAGAAUUUAAUUCUAUCUUCACGAUAAUGUGGCUGGAUAUGCUUUGAUGCAAAUGGCUGACGUGUCGGAUGGAGUUAGAUGCAUUUCACAAGGCUGAAAUGCUGAAUGCUAAGCACUUCUUUCUUCUUCCGCUGGUUUAGUGUAGCGAAAAUUUUGUUGUAAGCUAUGUUCCAAUACAUCAUUUGAAUUUUAUUUUAUUUUCCUGUGUUUUAAUUUCUUCUCUUUUUUCUCAUUUUAUUCAUUGAGGGAUAAAUCAGGGUUCGUUUUUA